GGAGUUCCGUGAGGCAAGUUUCCUCCUUUAAUCGCGUCCCCAGACUCUCCAGUGAAUUUCGCUGACCAAAUAGGGAAACUUGACUUUCUCGGGCUUUUGAGUGGUGGUGGCUAACCUUGUAGUGAUCUUUUUCGUACAUCUCAUUUUUGCACAAUAGAAGCACGCAAUGCGAAAAUGAAACGCGAAAGAGCAAUAAAAUCGCUCAAGAGAAAAAUUGGGAUAUGUUCUUUUUUGAGGAUUUUUAGAUUACUCACCUUUGGAUUCCAUACAUUUUACAAUAAUUUCUUGUCUAUCUCCCUGUCUUCUCCGCGGAUGAAUUUCAUUUUCACUGAAAAUUUUGAUAAAAAUACGCCAGAAAUGUUAACGGAUAAUUUUCAAAUACUUCCUCAUUCUUCUAAAACAAAAUAGCCGAAAGUUAUGCAAAGUACACUGCGUGUCUCAUCGUGUGACAAGUGAAAAUGGCGCCAACUCUGAUUCACAGUGAAAAAUUACUUGAAGAAUGCGACAAGAUUCCCAAUCUCCUUGGCCGGGCUUCCAUGAUUUAUCGGCUGAUUGAGGCAUACGGGCUACUGAAAUUCGUCAAUGUUGUGGAGCCAAGGAAGGCUCAACAUGAUGAAAUCCUUUUAUGCCAUUCAGAGAAUUACUUGAAACACCUAAAAUCCUGCGAUGGUGAUGAAGAUGUCACUGAGGAAGAUGAAGAAUUUGGUCUAAGCUACGACUGCCCUAAAUUCUCUGGACUCUACCAAUUUGCAGAAAUUAUUGUUGGUGGGACGCUAUCAGCAGCAGAAACACUGAUUUCCGGGAGUAAUUUUGUCAUAAACUGGUCAGGAGGAUGGCAUCAUGCUCAGAGUGAUCGUGCUGAUGGGUUUUGCUAUGUGAAUGAUAUUGUAGUGGGCAUUCAGAAGCUUGUAUCACAUUUCCCGCGCAUAUUGUACCUGGACCUCGAUGUUCAUCAUGGAGAUGGAGUUGAGAAUGCCUUCUCCUGCACACAGAGAGUCUUUUGCUUGUCAUUUCAUCUUCACGAACCUGGCUUCUUCCCUGGAUCUGGGAGUGUGAAUGAAUGCGGCUUUGGGAGUGGAAAAGGGUACUCUGCCAAUUUUCCCUACAAGAGAAACUUGUCCGGAAGGCGAUUUAGAAAAUACUUUACAAAGACAACGAAUCUUGUCAGGGAGAGAUUUGAUCCCUCUGCCUGUGUAAUUCAGUGUGGAGCUGAUGGAAUUGCCGGAGAUCCUCUGGGUGGAGCUAAUUUAACACCGCGGGAUUUUGCAGAUUGCAUUAAGCAGGUAAUGUCCUGGAGUAUUCCCUGUUUAUUUGUUGGAGGCGGUGGGUACAAUUUACCCAAUGCCUCUCGCCACUUUGCCACUCUGACCGCGACAAUUUGUGGAAUAGAUCAGUUACAUGAUGAUAUUCCUGAACACGAAUUUUUUAAUGCCUAUGGAGCCGGAUUUGAGCUCUCAAUUGAACCGAAAAAUCUCCCAGACAGCAACACAGACGAGGAUCUUGAGGAGACUUUUCGGUCAAUUGAGGCUAAUCUCGACAGAUUUAAUGUGAAUUUGAGAAAGAAAAACAAAUAAUAUUGAAGGAUCAGUCAA